AUGCGUGCCAUCCCGCAACUGUAUGCCAUGUGUUUUGUGGCGAAUCCUCCAGGAGGUGGCUUUAACUACCACGGGAGGUCGACGUAUGUCGAGCGUCACUUCGGAUGUCGUCUUCUGUCCUCAAAAUCUCAAAGAGCGACAUCAUCAGUAGGUGCUCAGCAAGACUCUAAACAGUACGGAGGAAUGCUGGAUGGACCUUACUACAACCAGGAUUUUGAGGAGGCGGCGUUCUCUGCUGCCAUUGACGAUAUGGCUGAAGAAGACGGGAGUGCCGAUGAGAUGGACGACAUCGAGCGCCAGCUGCUAGAAGCGCGAUGUGAGAACGAACUGUAUAACAGGCUAAAUCGCAUGGUACGUCGCAGUGCCGAAUUCGAGAUGCCGAAGACUUAUGUUGAGACCCAGGCGAUGUAUCCACCCGGCAGGCCGGAUGAUGAGGCUGCGAACAGGAAGCCUGAUGAGAUACGUCUUAAAGAAUACCUUUCGAAUCGUAACGCUACAGGUGCCGAAAAUAUACGCAGUAAAGAUCAGUUGGAUGCCGAUACAACCAUAGUAACUGCUGUGAGUGACUGUAACGAGCCUCUCGAGACCAGACUGGAGCAGCACAAGGGGCGCAAGCCUCAACUGACUGAUGAGGAGAUUGAGCGCACGAGGGCCGAAGUUCCCCCUCUAAAGUCACAGUUUGAUGAAUAUGCGCCCAUUAAAUUGCCAGCGAAUGCCAACACAACGUCAGAGCUCAUAAGCGGUAUAAUCCAGAUGCCAGACAUUAAGGACAAGAAGUUCCUGCAGGAGUCUAUCAAGAUCAAAGACUAUAGUGAGCCCUCCAGACCUCCGCUCGACGAGGACGAAGUGUGGCUACGGGGGAUUAACGAGGAACGUGCCAAGCGCGGCGAGCCUGAGCUGCGGUGCGCCGAGGGUGAGAAGCUGAGCGAUAACGCAGAGUUCAUAAGGGAGAAACGAGCGUUGGAGUUGCGCGAGGUGCGUGACAUUCGCAGGAUAGCUCACGAGGCACGCGAGAACCGCGAAGCUCUGAAGCACACCUUCUAUCGCAAACUACCGCGUAACAAUAUGGGGUUUGCGGAGCUGAAAGCCUCUGAUAUCGGACAGCUGAGCUUUCAGGAGGUCAAGGAAGAGCUACGUGCACGUGGAUACCGCACCUCAGGAGGUGAGAAGAUGGCUAGGCUACGACUUGAGCAUGCGCUAACCGAUUCCGGUGAAUGGCGUUACCGGAACAUAGUGACGCAGCCGCUCGAUGAGACCAAUGAAAACCUGCCUCAGACAGCCCGCGAACGCAUUGCCGAUCUAAAACAGAAGGUUAAAUUCAUCAAUGAGUCCGGUUGGGGCGGCGACAUGGUCACCACGAUUUCCAGACUAAGGGCGAAGAAUGACCUAAUCAAAUUCCACGAUGAUCCGGUGGGUUACCUUGGUCUGGACAUGUCCGACCCCUCGCAACAAAUCUCCCCUGAGGAGGCUGAGGAGUUGCGUAACGCCCCAGUUGUGCACGAUACUGCCUUCAUUAAGGCAAUGCAGGACCCCAUAAACCGUUUACCCGAUAUCAUACCGCGCACUUUUAACCUCCAACAUGAUGUGGAACGCCCGUAUCCUCGUUACGCGGCUACCCACAAGGCGGAACUUGAGGAUAUGAAGCGGGAAUAUUUGUCAUUUAAAGGCGGCAUUCACGAGGAGACCCUUCCAGAGAUAUCGCAGCGUUUCGAGAUAAGCCUCGAUUUCCUUGGGGAUGCGUGCUGUAGGCUUGGAGCCCAACCUCCGGUGGCGUUGGACAUGCCACUUCGCGGCAUAAUCUCGUACAGCGCUAUUUGGGACCUUGCAGAGUUCCUCAAUAUCGCGGACACAUUGGAGGUUGAGGCGUUCUACAGCAUCUUGAAUAUCAAGGAGGUAGCGGCUGAGCUUGGUAAAACUGUGAAGGAAGUGGAAGAGGCGUGUGAGAGUCUGAACAUCAAGCUACCUUUCGGGGCAGAAACUAAGCUGAAUCUUCACUGCCUAUUAGUGGUGGAGAAGCUGCUGAAAACACCCGACUUAGACGUUGAUUUACUCGCCCAGGAUCCCUCCUACCGCAACCGCUUCAGAGACCCUUAUGACAAUAGGCCUUACUUCCCGAACUCGAUGCGUGAUGACAUUCACCGCGAAGCCAUUGAGAAGGGCGCCUUGUUCGAGCAACCGGAGUUUCAUGGUGAUGAAGUUAACUAA